AAGGUUCGAGUCACAUAAAUACACAGGGAAGCGACAGCGUUGCGUGUCGGGCGACCAUCUGCAGACGUCCUUGUUCUGAAGGGUUCACCAUGAAGGGCUUCGCAGCUUGGUCUUCUGUCCUGCUCGGACUUACCUCAUCCGUCAUUGCCGCACCCUCGAAGUACGCUCCCACUAUCAAAGAGGCGGUCGAAGUUCCGAGGGGAUGGGUCCGAGUUAGCCCUGCGCCGGCAGACCACGUCGUGGACCUGCGAUUCGGUCUCCCUCAACACAACUUCAAGCAGCUCGAGCAGGCGCUGUAUGAAGUAAGCGACCCCUUCCAUGACCGGUAUGGACAGCACUUGUCCAAGGAGGAAGUGGAAAGCCUCGUAGCGCCGCACCCGAAGACUCUGGAGGCGGUGGAUGAAUGGCUAGCGUCUCACGGGAUAGCGAAAUCAAUUUGUUCUCGCUCACCUGCGAAGGAUUGGGUUAUGGUCAAGGUUCCAGUGAGCCUCGCAGAGAAGAUGCUUGAUACUACUUAUCACGUCUGGAAGCACGCUGAAAGCGGUGAUACCCUUGUCCGGACCACGAGUUACAGCCUGCCCGCCCACAUGCAUGAACACAUUGAGCUCGUGACGCCUACGACCUACUUCGGUCGUCCCAAAGGACUGGCCACCACAUUCCGUUGGUCAGACGCUCAAGCGUCCCUCGCCUCAUCUGGAGAGUCAUCGAUCAGAAGCGCCUCGGGUACUGUCGUGGACGCUAGCUGCAAUUCCACCAUUACCCUCACGUGCCUGCAGGAGCUAUAUAAUGUUACCGGAUAUACCCCCGCGGCUACGGACGUCAAUAAGAUUGGUAUAACGGGCUACCUUGAACAGUAUGCCAACAUCCAGGAUCUGCAGUCUUUCUACGCAGAUCAGCUUCCAAAGGCCGAAGGCUCUACCUUCAAUUAUACAUCAAUCAAAGGGGGCCAAAACAGUCAGAAUCUGUCAGAGGCUGGCAUUGAAGCCAAUCUUGACGUGCAGUUCGCGUACGGUCUGAGCUGGCCUACCCCUGGCUACUUUUGGUCCACUGGAGGGAGACCUCCUUUUAUACCCGAUCUCAGGACGGUAAAUAACACCAACGAGCCCUAUGCUGAUUGGCUCGAAUAUGUCCUCUCUGUCCCUAACCCUCCGCAGACAAUUUCUACUAGUUACGGAGAUGAUGAGCAAACCGUUCCACUGAGUUACGCUAUCCGUACUUGCGCGAGCUUCGCUCAACUGGGCGCGCGUGGAGUGUCCUUACUGUUCUCCUCCGGCGAUGGGGGCGUUGGUGACGGCGACGCUAAUCCUGCUACUCAACAAUGCAAGACGAACGAUGGUCGCAAUGCUACUCGCUUCAUACCUGCCUUCCCUGCAAGCUGCCCUUACGUCACGGCGGUCGGUGCGACGGUCUCUAUCCCUGAGAAGGCUGUCGACUUCACAGGAGGAGGUUUCAGCAACGUCUUCCCGACACCGCUGUACCAAGUCGGCGCGGUGGCCAGCUACCUUGCACGCCUCCCUGCAGGCACCUACCAGGGCCUCUACAACAAAUUCGGCAGAGGUAUCCCGGAUGUCUCCGCCCAAGGGGACUACUUCCGCGUAUGGUACAGGGGAAAUCCAGUACACGUAGGAGGCACUUCGGCCUCGUCGCCCACUGUCGCUGGCCUCGUAUCUCUGCUCAACGACGCUCGCCUCAGCAAAGGACUGCCGCCGCUCGGCUUCCUGAACCCUCUCCUGUAUACCAAGGGCGUCGCAGGCCUUACGGAUGUUACGGAAGGUAACAACCCUGGCUGUGGAACGCAAGGUUUCAAUGCCACAACCGGUUGGGAUCCCCUCACCGGUCUCGGAACGCCCAACUUCGGCAAGCUGAAGGAGAUAGUCCUGGCUUGAUAUGGUGUGGUUUAAUAAAAGUGGGAGGGCCAUUGUUAUAAUUACGAUGUCCCCCAUGCCGGCGACAUUAACCAACGUCGUGAAGCAAUAGUAUGCAUUUGUUUGACGGC